AUGGAUAGCAUUCAACAUCGAAAGAGCACAGGAAAAUAUUUCCGUCCCAACAAAGUGCAAAGGCUCAAUCGAGGUGAACUGUUAGUCUCAGCAUUCUCAAGCAUGUUGGCUUCGGAUGGGAGACAAUCUAAAGAUCCCCAUAUGGACGAUGGUUUGAGGGCGCAGAGAGAGGCUUUCGACUUGCUAAAUCCGUCGAAGUCAAAGGCAGGGAAAAAGCUGUCAUACCAACGAGGGAUGCGAAGCAACUUGCUAUGGAGAGCUUUCAUAGGUCCAUCGAGCCCUAAGGCUGCAGUUGACAGCAAUGAGGGAGAGAUGGAGAUCCGUGACAUGAGGAUGAGAUCGGCUUCUUCCCCUGCGCACAUCUACCCUCGUAAAAGCAUCCCGCACCAGCGCGGAGCAAGGGGAGCGAUCCUUUCGACGAUGCUGCACGGACUGAUCGGAACUAGCACGGGGGAGGAGCAUCGAAAUGACAACCAGCUGACUGCCGACGGGCUCAGGCAGCAGUCGAGGUUCUUCCACGAUGCUGAGGUACAACUGAGGUCCGUUGAUGAGACGCAAGAGCCAGAGGAUGGGAAGUGGACGCUCUGUAUGGUCGCAGUGGACGAGCGAUCAGUGUUACAUCUGUUCGAGCAAGGCAGCGACCUCGCUUUCAUCUCUUCCCCGUUGAGGUUGAUUUCUAUUACCCACACUCCCGGAGGAAAGGACGAGACGAACGAUGUAGCGCAUGUUAUCAACAUCAUCAUGGAGGUUGCAAGCAACCCAAACGAGAUGAGAGUUGCAAGUGCGGAUACUAAGAAGCACUCUGUUUUCUCAGCAUGUUUGAAGAUUGAGGAGCAGGAGCCACGAGAACGUCUCAUAGCGAUUCUGCGUGAAGCUUGA